AUGUUUAUUGCUGGGGGCUUCUUGGGUCCUGUUUCGGCAAGCUACUAUGAUCCGCGCGGCUAUGCCAUGUUCUGGGUUGCCUCCCUUGCAGCCAUUCCUAAGAAAACGUCAAGAGACACCAGUCAAAGAAAAGCGCCUCUGGCUAGACGCCAAGGGAAACACUCGACAGAGGCAAAUUAUCUGACGAUGCAAUCCGACACUGACCACCCGAUGGAGGAGCCUCAAGACUUUGAGCUCGUCAAGAAGUUGAGUGAGUCGCGAUGGCUUGCGCGGCGACACGCUGAUGGCGAGGUAUUCGUCGCCAGGCGGAUCACUGACUUUGACGAGUACUACAAGUCACAACACCAAAAUCCCGGCUUCCUGACGACCAAGCAGCGCCAUGCCAAAGGCCUCCUGGACCUCGUCUACGAACUCAACUUUGGUCGGCAGAUUUCGCACAUUUUCAACCACGAGAACAUUGUCUCGCUAGCCGGCUACCUACGCCAGAAGCCGCUCAACGCCAAACCCUUCAGCGAUGUCGAGGCAACAGAGGACUAUCUCGUCUGGGACAACUGCGAUGCUGGGAACCUCGAGCCUCUCCUCGUCGACAAGAAUCCCCAGGUGAAGAACCGCAGGGUCUUCAUGCCCGAGUCACUCUGCUGGCACGUCCUCACAUCGGUCAUGCGUGCCCUCGCCUGGGCGCACGAUGGGUACCGCCACAACGUGGACUGGAAGGCGGGCACGCACAUGUGGACCAAAACGGACACGGACUGGAUGCCUAUCCUACACCGCGCCAUCACCCCGGCGUCCAUCUUGUUCCAGAACCCGCGCGGUGCCGAGAUGUACGGGCAGUGCAAGCUCGGCCACUGGGGACAGGCAUUCGUCUCGGGCCAUCCCGCAUCGCGGCACGACAAGGGCGCCCGGGGCGAGCCAACCAUAAGCAAUGCUUUUGGGCAGAUCAUGGCACCGCACGCGGAGCCGAGCCAUCUCGAAGCGACGCGCGAGGUCAGCCUCGUCGAGAUGCGAAAGUCGAUGGACAAGUACACCCGUGAUGGCCAAAAGAAUCAUCGCAUGUACACCCUCAGUGACGAGCACUGGGCCCUCGGCGCCGUCCUCUACCGCAUGAUGACAGCCCGGGAGCUCCCGAGCCGUGAUCCCUGCGCCGGGUGCGCCGCCGGGUGCGCCGCGGGGUGCGUCCAUGUCACGGCCUGCGCCGACACGUUCUGCCUCUUCGAGGAGGCUGAGUCGGGACCAGCUCGACCGCUGGGGCGAUCUCGACCUCGAUAA